UCCUCUAGCCUCCGGACUCUUGCCCAGGCCGCGCGCAGCCCGCUCCCGGUCCUGCAGCCACUGGGCGGGGCGGCGGCCCUCAGACCAUCCGGGCCGCUGGGGAACCCGGGACCCCCUGCUCGCCAAGAGGAAGCCGGCGGCGUGCGUGGAGGAGACGUCCCGCGCAGUCGGCGGAGCAUGAGCGCCCCAGAGCCCAGCAUCUCCGGUGCAGACCCUGCGGGAGCCUGGCUCGAGGCAAGGCGAGACCCAGCCAGAGGAGUGAAGGCCGGACCUCGACCUCGUAACAGGAUAGCAGCCCUACCCAUCAGACACCUGCUGCAUGCCAGGAGGCGGGCCCGAGAUGGACGACUACAUGGAGACGCUGAAGGACGAGGAGGACGCCUUGUGGGAGAACGUGGAGUGCAACCGGCACAUGCUGAGUCGCUACAUCAACCCGGCCAAGCUCACCCCCUACCUGCGCCAGUGCAAGGUCAUCGACGAGCAGGACGAGGACGAGGUGCUCAGCGCUCCCAUGCUGCCGUCCAAGAUCAACCGGGCAGGCCGGCUGCUGGACAUCCUCCACACCAAGGGGCAAAGGGGCUACGUAGUCUUCCUGGAGAGCCUGGAGUUCUACUACCCAGAGCUGUACAAGCUGGUGACCGGGAAGGAGCCCACCCGGAGGUUCUCCACCAUCGUGGUGGAGGAGGGCCACGAGGGCCUCACGCACUUCCUGAUGAACGAGGUGAUCAAGCUGCAGCAGCAGAUGAAGGCCAAGGACCUGCAGCGCUGCGAGCUGCUGGCCAAGUCGCGGCAGCUGGAGGACGAGAAGAAGCAGCUGACGCUGACGCGCGUGGAGCUGCUCACCUUCCAGGAGCGCUACUACAAGAUGAAGGAGGAGCGCGACGGCUACAACGACGAGCUGGUCAAGGUCAAGGACGACAACUACAACCUGGCCAUGCGCUACGCGCAGCUCAGCGAGGAGAAGAACAUGGCGGUGAUGCGCAGCCGAGACCUGCAGCUCGAGAUCGAUCAGCUGAAGCACCGGCUGAACAAGAUGGAGGAGGAAUGCAAACUGGAGAGAAACCAGUCGCUGAAGCUCAAGAAUGACAUCGAGAGUCGGCCCAAGAAGGAGCAGGUGCUGGAGCUGGAGCGGGAGAAUGAGAUGCUGAAGACCAAGAUCCAGGAGCUGCAGUCCAUCAUCCAGGCCGGGAAGCGCAGCCUGCCGGACUCGGACAAGGCCAUCCUGGACAUCUUGGAGCACGACCGGAAGGAGGCCCUGGAGGACCGGCAGGAGCUCGUCAACAAGAUCUACAACCUGCAGGAGGAGGUCCGGCAGGCGGAGGAGCUGCGGGACAAGUACCUGGAGGAGAGGGAGGACCUGGAGCUCAAGUGCUCGACCCUGGGGAAGGACUGCGAGAUGUACAAGCACCGCAUGAGCACGGUCAUGCUGCAGCUGGACGAGGUGGAGCGGGAGCGGGACCAGGCCUUCCACUCCCGCGACGAAGCCCAGACCCAGUACUCGCAGUGCUUAAUCGAAAAGGACAAGUACAGGAAGCAGAUCCGCGAGCUGGAGGAGAAGAACGACGAGAUGCGGAUCGAGAUGGUGCGGCGGGAAGCCUGCAUCGUGAACCUGGAGAGCAAGCUCCGGCGCCUCUCCAAGGACAGCGGCAGCCUCGACCAGAGUCUGCCCAGGAACCUGCCAGCCACCAUCAUCUCCCAGAACUUUGGGGACGCUGGCCCCAGGACCAACGGCCAAGAGGCUGACGACUCCUCCACCUCGGAGGAGUCGCCCGAAGACAGCAAGUACUUCCUGCCCUACCACCCGCCCCGGCGCAGGAUGAACCUGAAGGGCAUCCAGCUGCAGAGAGCCAAAUCCCCCAUCAGCGUGAAGCGCACAUCAGAUUUUCAAGCCAAGGGGCUCGAGGAGGACGGCGCCGAUGCCAGCCCCAGCUCCUCGCAGUCUCUGCCCAUCACCAGCUCCUUCGCCAAGAUGCAGCCCCCUCGCAGCCGGAGCAGCAUCAUGUCCAUCACAGCCGAGCCCCCUGGAAACGACUCCAUCGUCAGACGCUACAAGGAAGAUGCGCCGCAUCGCAGCACAGUCGAAGAAGACAACGAGAGUGGCGGCUUUGACGCCUUGGACCUGGACGAUGACAGCCACGAGCGCUGCUCCUUUGGACCCCCCUCCAUCCACUCCUCCUCCUCCUCGCACCAGUCCGAGGGCCUGGACGCCUAUGACCUGGAGCAGGUCAACCUCAUGUUCAGGAAGUUCUCUCUCGAAAGGCCCUUCCGCCCCUCGGUCACAUCUGGGGGGCACGUACGGGGCCCUGGGCCCUCGGUGCAGCACACAACACUCAACGGUGACAACCUCAUCACGCAGCUCACCCUGCUGGGGGGCAACGCCCGCGGGAGCUUCAUCCACUCCGUCAGGCCCGGCUCCCUGGCUGAGAAGGCGGGCCUGCACGAGGGCCACCAGCUGCUGCUGCUCGAAGGCUGCAUCAGAGGCGAGAGGCAGAGCGUGCCCUUGGACUCUUGCACAAAGGAGGAGGCUCACUGGACCAUCCAGAGGUGCAGCGGCCCCGUCACCCUGCACUACAAGGUCAACCAGGAAGGGUACCGACGGCUGCUCAAGGACAUGGAGGAGGGUCUGAUCACAUCCGGCGACUCCUUCUACAUCCGCCUGAACCUGAACAUCUCGAGCCAGCUGGACGCCUGCUCCAUGUCCCUCAAGUGUGACGACAUCGUGCACGUGCGCGACACCAUGUACCAGGACAGGCACGAGUGGCUGUGUGCGCGCGUCGACCCGUUCACCGACCACGACCUGGACAUGGGCACCAUCCCCAGCUACAGCCGGGCCCAGCAGCUCCUCCUGGUGAAGCUGCAGCGCCUGAUGCACCGCGGGGCCCGGGAGGAGGCGGACGGCGGCCACCACACCCUCAGGACGCUCCGGAACACGCUGCAGCCCGAAGAGCUGCUGUCCACCAGCGACCCCCGGGUCAGCCCCCGCCUCUCGCGGGCGAGCUUCCUGUUUGGCCAGCUCCUGCAGUUUGUCAGCAGGUCCGAGAACAAGUACAAGCGCAUGAACAGCAACGAGCGGGUGCGCAUCAUCUCGGGGAGCCCGCUGGGCAGCCUGGCUCGCGCCUCGCUGGACGCCACCAAGCUGCUGACGGACAAGCCGGAAGAGCUAGACCCCGAGAGCGAGCUGGGCCGGAACCUCAGCCUCAUCCCCUACAGCCUGGUGCGCGCCUUCCACUGCGAGCGCCGCCGGCCCGUGCUCUUCACGCCCACCUCGCUGGCCAAGACGCUGGUGCAGAAGCUGCUCAACUCGGGGGGCGCCAUGGAGUUCACCAUCUGCAAGUCAGAGGAGUUCCUGAGAAAGCAGAAGACAGAGACCAUCAUCUACUCCCGCGAGAAGAACCCCAACACCUUCGAAUGCAUCGUUCCCGCCAACAUCGAGGCCGUGGCGGCCAAG